AGAGGUUAGAGCAGAUCUGAAAAUCUAUAGUUGGAAAGGCGUCUUGAUAAACGCCGUUCCUUCGAAUCUCUAGCUUUCUCUCCUCCUUUUUCUCUUCCAGUUUGUUUGUUUGUUCUCCGAAUUCAAGUUUUGCGAAAAUGAGAGAGUGCAUUUCAAUCCACAUUGGUCAGGCCGGUAUUCAGGUCGGAAAUGCUUGCUGGGAACUUUACUGCCUCGAGCACGGCAUUCAGCCUGAUGGCCAGAUGCCUUCUGACAAGACAGUUGGAGGAGGUGAUGAUGCAUUCAACACCUUCUUCAGUGAAACUGGAGCCGGAAAGCACGUUCCUCGUGCUGUGUUUGUUGAUCUGGAACCCACUGUCAUUGAUGAGGUGAGGACCGGACCAUACAGACAAUUGUUUCACCCUGAGCAACUGAUCAGUGGCAAGGAAGAUGCCGCCAACAACUUUGCCCGAGGCCAUUACACAAUUGGGAAGGAGAUUGUUGAUCUUUGCUUGGAUAGGAUCCGUAAACUUGCUGACAACUGCACUGGUCUUCAAGGAUUUCUUGUCUUCAAUGCUGUGGGUGGAGGCACUGGUUCAGGCCUGGGAUCUCUUCUGCUUGAGCGUCUCUCUGUUGACUAUGGAAAGAAAUCAAAACUUGGUUUCACCAUUUACCCUUCACCCCAGGUUUCAACCUCUGUUGUUGAGCCAUACAACAGUGUCCUGUCAACCCAUUCCCUUCUCGAGCACACUGAUGUGGCAGUUCUUCUUGACAAUGAGGCCAUUUAUGACAUCUGCCGCCGCUCCCUUGACAUUGAGCGCCCAACCUAUCACAACCUUAACCGCCUUAUUUCACAGGUUAUCUCUUCAUUGACUGCCUCUCUCAGGUUUGAUGGUGCCCUCAAUGUUGAUGUGAAUGAAUUCCAGACCAACCUUGUGCCCUACCCAAGGAUUCAUUUCAUGCUUUCCUCAUAUGCCCCUGUCAUAUCAGCUGAGAAAGCCUACCAUGAACAACUCUCUGUUGCUGAGAUCACCAACAGUGCUUUUGAGCCAUCAUCUAUGAUGGUCAAGUGCGACCCUCGCCACGGCAAAUACAUGGCAUGCUGCCUGAUGUUCCGUGGUGAUGUGGUGCCCAAGGACGUGAACGCUGCUGUGGCUACCAUCAAGACCAAGCGUACCAUCCAGUUUGUGGAUUGGUGCCCAACUGGAUUCAAGUGCGGUAUCAACUACCAGCCACCAACUGUCGUUCCCGGAGGCGAUCUUGCCAAGGUGCAGAGGGCUGUUUGCAUGAUCUCCAACUCCACCAGCGUUGCGGAGGUGUUCUCUCGCAUUGACCAUAAGUUCGACCUCAUGUACUGCAAGCGUGCUUUCGUGCACUGGUAUGUUGGUGAGGGUAUGGAGGAAGGAGAAUUCAGUGAAGCUCGUGAGGAUCUUGCUGCCCUGGAGAAAGACUAUGAGGAGGUUGGUGCUGAGAUGGACGAAGGAGAUGAUGGCGAUGAUGAAGACUACUGCUAGAGUGCUUUGCCCCUUCUCAUUUCCUAGCUUGCCUAUCUGUCUAUGUUUGUUUGCUUUCUGUUCCCACCGUGACUACUACUACUAGUGUUUGUGUAAUGUCUGCCCGUCUUCCUUGUGAUAUGUGUACUCUCUUAAUAUUUGGUUCUGGUUUGGAGAACAACAAUUAUUCUCGUAUGAAAUUGGCACCUAGCCAUUUUCUUAUUUUA